GUCAACCUUCUUCAUCGCAUCAGAGCAGCCAGACAUGCCCAAGCACAACUCAUCUUCCCGGCCCUCAAUUGAGAUCUAGACAAUCCAAAACCACCAGCCGACAGGCAGGACUCGACCACCAAAAACGAGAUGCCCCGCUCAGACGAGGCAGCGGCCUUCUUCCACGCCGUCUACAGCGCGGUGCAGGAGAUCCCCCACGGCAAGGUCACGAGCUACGGGCACAUCGCGAGGCUGGUGGGCACGCCCCAGCGCCCCCGCCAGGUCGGGGUCUGCCUGAAGCACCUCCCCCGCGACGCCGGCUCGCGCUUCAACCACGCCAACGUCCCCUGGCAGAGGGUCGUCAGCUCCAAGGGGGUGAUCUCGCCCAGGUCACAACCUUCAGGAACGCAGAACCAGGCCGCUGCCCUGAGGGCCGAGGGCGUUACCGUCUCGAACGGCGCCCUGGGGGAGCUUGUGGUUGACUUUGGCGAGUUUGGGUGGUUCCCUGGGGAGUUGCCCUCUGAGGCUGGGGGGUAUGAUGAAGCGGAGGAGGAGGAGGAGGAGGAGCCAUGA